UUAAAUUGUCGCGAGAGUGGUUGGCCGGACGCCGGAAGUAGCUCGUCGCUCUGUAGCGGCCGAGGGGGUGGGAUCGCGGGCUUCAGGCGUCUAAGCUGCUCUCGGGUGGCUCGGCGGUGUAAGAUGGCGGACAUCUCUCUGGAUGAGCUCAUCCGGAAACGCGGAGUGGCGACGAAAGGGCGGCUCAACACCAGGCCGGGCCUGGGAGGUGUUCGCUCUCGAGUUGGGGUCCAGCACAGCCUUCUCGGCCAGCCAGCACGCACCCCCACCUUUCAGCAGAGGUUUGAUGCACGGCAAAAGAUUGGCCUGGCAGAUGCCCGCCUCAAGUUGGGAGUCAAGGAUGCCCGGGAGAAGCUUUUGCAGAAAGAUGCCCGGUUUCGGAUCAAAGGGAAAGUGCAGGACGCCAGGGAGAUGCUGAACUCCCGGAAGCAGCAGACCACAGUGCCACAGAAGCCUCGGCAAGUGGCCGACGCCCGUGAGAAGAUCAGUCUGAAGAGGACCGCACCUGCCACCUACCCAACCCUGCCCGUGGGGACUGUGACCCCUGCCUUGAAGCUCACCAAGACCAUCCAGGUUCCACAGCAGAAGGCCACAGUGCCCCUGCAUGCCCAUCCUGCUGGAAUGAGAAUCAACGUUGUCAACAACCACCAGGCCAAACAGAAUUUAUACGACCUGGAUGAGGACGAGGAGGUGACAGCACCCAUCCCUUCUAAGCAGAUGAAGUUUGCAGCCUCUGGCAGCUUUCUCCACCAUGUGGCUGGGCUGAGCAGUUCCAAGCUCUCUGUGUCCAAGGCCCUCCCUCUCACCAAAGUGGUUCAGAACGAUGCCUACACUGCUCCUGCUCUCCCUGCCUCUGUCCGAACAAAAGCCUUGACCAACAUGUCCCGGACGCUGGUGAACAAGGAGGAACCCCCCAAAGAGCUGCCACCUGCUGAGCCUGUCCUCAGCCCCUUGGAAGGUACCAAGAUGACUGUGAAUAAUCUACACCCUCGAGUCACCGAGGAGGACAUUGUUGAGCUUUUCUGUGUGUGCGGAGCCCUCAAGAGAGCACGGCUGGUUCAUCCUGGGGUGGCAGAAGUGGUCUUUGUAAAGAAGGAUGAUGCCAUCACUGCAUAUAAGAAAUACAACAACCGCUGUCUGGAUGGGCAGCCUAUGAAAUGCAACCUCCACAUGAAUGGCAACGUGAUCACCUCAGACCAGCCCAUCCUGCUGCGGCUGAGUGACAGCCCCUUGGUGAAGAAGGACAGCGAGCUGCCUCGGAGGCUGAACUCGGCCUCCUCUGCCAACCCACCUGCCGAAGUGGACCCAGACACCAUCCUGAAGGCGCUCUUCAAGUCCUCCGGGGCCUCUGUGACCACACAGCCCACAGAGUUCAAAAUCAAACUGUGAGCAGGGCAGGGCAGCUCGGAGCAGGGCAGAGGAGGGCGGCCCUGUUCCUCGGUGGGCAUUGAACUGCAGCCCCUGGCCUGGGAAGGGUUGCCAGGAUCGAGCUUCCUCGAUGGAUGGGACCCACCCUUCUGUGUUGUGUCUGUGUUUGCACAUUUCCCUUAGUAUGUCCUUCCCUUCCACCUGUCACCCCCUGGGCAGGGUGUGUUUCUUGGGGUGACCCUGCCCUCCACCCCGAGCUGGCUGCUGACCUGGAAGCAGUGUGCUCACUUGCCUGGGCAGCUUUGUGCGGGGCAGGACUAUGUGAGACGCUGCUACUCGGGCCUGGGGCUGGCCUGAUAGGGCUGGGGCAGCUUGGGAACAGUGACACUAGCUCAGCAGCCACCUGCUUGGUGGCAGUGGCCCUAGGGUCACAGCCUUGUCCCCUCACCACAGCCUUGCACUCCACAGUGCUGUGGCUCUGUGGGCACUCUGCAGGGAGAUGCUGCUUUGUUCCUGGCUCUGCCUUUCCAGCCCAUGGUUGUCUGCAGGACAGAGCCAGGGAUGCCAGCAGUAUGUGUCCAUUCAGCUGCCGCCGGGGGCACUGUCGCCACUGUUGUGAGUGACCCAUCUGUCACUUGGCUGUGGGGAAAUGGGAGGUGAGGAGCAGGUGGGCAGGCCUACCCACAGGACUGCAGGACGUGGUGUCAGUGCCCUAGAAAGGACUCCAGCUGGCAGGGCUGUCUGUAGCAGGUUAGGAGCAGGUUCUGGGAGCCACCUAGAACUAGUAGUGCGUGCUUUGAGGGGCACGAGCCUGGGAAGGAGGGGAGCCUGCUGCCUGAGCCUUGCAUCUGCCAAGCAGGCAGGAUCCAGUUUGCCCUCGUUUUCUGUGCUCAGGCUGAGGCUGCCCAUACCAGGGAACUCAGCAAAGGGGCCUGGUGGCUUCCUUUGUCGUUCCUGAGCGAGUGCUGCUUUUCUCCUACCCCUUCCGGAGGGACAGACAUUUCUCCUGCUUCACCCUCCUGGCCCAAGAGACCUACCUGGAAGGCCCUGGGACCUGGCUUCUUGUGUACUGGGGACAGUUGGAGCCCUGCUGGGCCUUGGGUUCAAGUAGUGAUGUGCACACCCUGCCUGUGCGCUCCGCCCUCCCAUCCCCUCCCUCCCCUGCAAGCAGGCUCUGCUCAGCAAGCUCCUGGCCAAAUGGUCCACCGAGAGGAUGGCACCUGUCUGCCUGCCCUGUCCUACAGGAUGUCACCUUGGCCACUGGAAAGGAAGCCAUGGGCAGCCCUGUGUCAUCCUCGCCUCCCCUGCAUUGCUCACCUGUGUUCUGUUCAGAAGGCGAGGAGGCAGCGUUAAGGGGCAAAGGUGACUUGUGUAUUAUCCAUUUCUGAAUAAACAUUUGUUAUUCCUAC